CAGGUCAUUUGCAACGAGGCAGGAUGACGGAGCUGCGAGAUAUGCGGCAUCUCGACUACACUCCAGUACAAGUGUGUGAUGACUCAAUCAAGAUCAAGAUCAAGACGCUAGAUGAUACAAACUCAUGGGAGGUGGAGGGAGAAGGGUCGUGGACUGUGAAACAACUCAAAGACCAUUUGAAGGAAAACAAAGGACUUGUGAACAAGAAGAUCCGUCUCAUUCUCUUGGGGAAGAUGCUCGAAGACUCGCAUACAUUGAAUUCUUAUGGUGUUAAGGACGGGGACUUUUUGCAUGCCGCGAUUUCUGACGAGCUGCCACAAGCUGAGGUCGGGGUGAACAUAGGGAGGGAAAGAAAUUCAGAUGAAAAUGAGCUGCGAGGAUUUGAUCGCCUUUUGCAAGCAGGGUUUAAUCGUACAGAGAUUGAGAUUCUACGCAUCCAAUUUCAUUCUCGCCGGGGCCACUUUGGACGACCGCUAUCGGAAGCUGAAGCCGUCGAACUGGAGGAGGAAUGGCUGGAGCAGAACUCGGAUGGAGCUUUGAUGGCCUACGGCAACAACCGAGAUGAGUUUGGAGGUACACGAAGGAUGGAUAGAGUGAUGGAAGAAGUGGCGGAAGGAACGCAAGCAGAUAUGAUGCUUGGGCUAGUAAUGGGGUUCAUCUUUGGAAUCAUUAUGCUGUUUUGGAUCUGGGAGCGAGGCAUUCCCCGGCGGCAAAAGCUCGGUAUCCUCUGCGGAAUCGGUUGCAACCUCACGAUGGGUAUGAUCCGCUUACAAGCCCGUACGCAUGGAGGAAGGGCAGACGGGGCACAUUCGCACCCAUGAGCAUAUUCAUAUGAUGAGACGAAGUAGUUCGUUGACCUUCUUGUGUACAAUUAGUUCACGUCUUUGAUCUCAAUAGCAAUCGGUGUAUCUUGACAGAGAUAUAGCGUUGUAAGGAAUGAUGAAUUUC